UUCUUUGCUUGGGCAAAUGAGGAACUUCUCACCAGUCCCUCCCCUAAAAAGCGAGUGGCAUGGGAGGGACUAUGUGUUUCUCAAUUUUUGAGGAAGAAAUAAUUUUCUCAGCCUGUUGUGCAGAUGGGUAGACCUCCAAUGAAAGUGUUAUUUGCUAAUCAGCUUGUCUGCCUCCAGCUCCCCAGAGUCCUAGGUGCCUUUGUCUGUGUCCUAGGUGCCUGGACCUCUGGAGCUCAGAGUAAUGGAAUUCCGACUUCUCUUCAUGGAGUCAAGGGAGGUUUCAUCCUGUUUCACUUGAAUAUAAGCUCAGGAGAAAAGAUCGCAAUAAUCAGAUGGACCUUUAAAGAUAAGGAUCAACAGACUCUGCUUGAAUUUGAGCCUGAGAAUAAAUCUCUAAAAUGGAAGCGUCUCCAGCCCAGAUUUGAGCAGAGAGUCAAUGUGACGAACAUGACAUUCCAUAUUAAGAAUCUCACCCUUGAGGAUCAUGGGUGCUAUAAAGCAACAAUUGAAUAUUAUAAUGGAAAAAUCAGUGAGCAAACCUUCUUGCUUUCUGUUAAUGAGCCCAUCGUUCUCAAGACUGAGGUACUCUCAAAGUCUCAGACUUCAGAUUGGUGCAACCUUACCUUAGAAUGCCAAGCCAAGAGAGACAUGACGGAAGUGAGAAUGACUUGGGAAAGUGAAGAUAUUCCUAAGAUGCUAAUACAGAAUGAGAGUUUAGGUCUACUCUCUAACUCUAGCAGAGUAAAAGUGUUCCUUCCACCGAAGUUUCAGAAUUACUCUAUCACCUGCCUAGCCAUGAAUGAUGCAGAACAGAAAAACAUCACAUUAAAACUGCGUGACGUCUGUGUUGAUAAUUUGAACAUGUCAACUUUACAUAAACGGCCCUGGUAUCUUGGAAUUUUCAUCCUGUUCAUAUUGUUCGGGAGUCUGGGGAUUGGAUGGUGGAUCUACAAAAGAAAAGAAAAGAAGAAAGAAGUUAUGGAUUCUUCAAAGCAUCAAAGAGAUAGUGAUAAUAGUGUCGAAAAUACAAUGCUGAAUCCAGACAGGCUUCCUGAGAACCAGAACCAGUGCCAAGAAGCUUGUGAGCAGCGGCUACAGGAGAGGGAGAACAUCACCACUAUAUACAGUAACAUCCAGAAGACACCCCACUAAUACUCAGGUACUUGGACCCCUGAACUUCCAUAAUUCUCUGCAUGGCAUCCAGAGAAGUUUCAUCCUGUUUCACUUGUACACAAACACCAAAGACACAAGAUUCAAAAGAUCAUAGUGAGCUUGAAUCCUGAGGAAAAACAACAGAUUCUACUCUUUAAACCUAGAGAUGACGUCUCUAACAUGGAUCAAUUUCCAGGAAAGCUAUUAACAGAGGAUUUAUGUGACUAAUAUUACCUGGGAGCAUGGAAACUCUCUCUCUUGAAGUUAACAGUUCUAUGAAGUUUGAAUCCAAUUUUCUAAAGGAUCAAUCAGUGACCAAAACUUCUUUCUUUGUCUAUGGUAGGUAAAGACAUUAUGCUCAGAUGCCCAAGUCCAACCCAGUCUUCACUGAGGGGGUGUUGUACCUUUUCUUGUCAUCAGAUCCUCGUCUUUCAUUUUGGAAAAGGACCAAAAUAACAUCAUUAUGUUAGAAUCGAGUUUCAGCAUGUCUGACUGUGGCUGAUCAGCUCACUAUGAACUUGGAAUGCUUUGGCGCAGGUUGGAUACACAUAGUUCCUAUGAACAUUUGGGGUGGAUUGUCUAACUUCAAGCAUCUCACUUUUUUUCUAAGCUAGUUAAAUUUUGCUUUGCUCAUAGAGGACAGCAUCUUCUUUGAUGAGGGUAUACCCUGCUGGGCAGUCCUGUGCCAAUGUCUCCCAUGUCAUAAAUCAAUGUUGAAGUUCUUGGGAGAUACUUUGAGAGUAUGGUCCCAUUAAUUCAACAGCUUGUAUAGCAACGCGGCCGAGGCGGGUACUGUGCAAAAGCAUUUAUCGCUAUUUUUCUCAUAAUUAUCACUAAGCGCGGAAGACACAAAAGCAGUAGUAGAAUUAUAGUUACUCCAGUUAUGACACUAUAAAACCAAGAGGGCAAUGUGGGUAAUUUAGAUUGGAUCCAAUUUACAAAAUCUUGUGAUGCAUCAUCAGGUAAUUGAAAUUGUGCACCCAUAUCAUUAAUAUCUUUGACUAUUUUAGCCAAUUCUUCAAUUUGGUUAGAAACAUUUGCUGCCAAUAAGGCCCCUCUUAAAUGAUCUCACACCUUAAUCCAAGUAUUAGAGUGCUGUAUCAUCCCAUGACAAAGGAGUAACACAUACAGGGUGAUAAGUGUAAUGACAAGGUAUAGAUUGUAACAAAGUGUGAAGGACCAAUUCCUCUCCCAACCACAUACUGCCAUCUCUAAAGCAUAUAUCUCAUACAGUCUUACACUCAAAGCUAAAAGAUGAUAAUCCAAUUCUACUUCUCUGUGAGGGCCCAUACCAAGGAUUUCAUUACCCAUGGAAUACAUCUCUUGGGGGCCCAAUCACCCCCGUGGAAAAACAAAUGGGAGCAGAAUAAAUAAUAAAAGUGACGUUAUUUAAAUAAGUGUCCAUCAUCCUUGCCUGGGGUGUGUCAGUACUAUAAUGUCCCAUUGCCAUAUACAUGAAAAUCAGGUGUUUGUUGUCCCCACCCUGCCAUAUGCACCACCAAUAGUCCAGGAAUAACCCCCAAGUCCAUUGUCCCUUUUGAUCAGCCAGGAACUGUGCUGGUGCCACACAGUUACUCCACUCUCUUUGUGCUAUCGCUCCUGUAUUGAGGCUCAUGAGAGAUAACAGUCCCAGUAGAGAUGGCAGUUCUCUUUUCCAUCUCCGCCUAUGGUGCUGGGAGCAUCUUCUCUGCAGCUCUUUCUGCCUUCUCCUCUUUUUCCAUUUGAUCUUGAUGACCCGGAUCCUUCUGGUCAGCACCCACUGCUCACAUCCGUUUUCAUCUGCAACAAUAAGAGCAUACCCGGGACCCCACACCUGGACUGUCCCUGGACCUACCUAACUUCCUUUUUCUGUUUUCCAUAAAACCCUAUUAAUUUUGUUGGUGGUGUGAAUAAUUGCAUGUAAAUACUGCUUUGUCUAACAUACUCUGUGUUAAGGGACCUUUUGGCCUACCCCAUGACACUCCCUUUUCUUGUUUGACCAGGAGUGCCUUAAGGGUUCUAUUAGCUCUUUCAACUAUGGCCUGACCUGUGGGGUUAUAAGGAAUAUCUGUCACAUGAGUGAUGCCAAAUUCAGAACAGAAGGACUGAAAACCUUUUAAGGUACAAAAAGGUCCAUUAUCUGUCUUUAUCUGUUGAGGGACACCAAUAGAAGCAAAACAAUGAUAUAAGUGAGAAAUAACAUGUUUUAGUGCCUCUCCAGGUUGAAGAGUAGCUACUAUAAAAUUAGAAUGAGUAUCUACAGUUACAUGAACACAUUGUGUUCUCCAGUGAGUAACAUCCAUUUGCCAGAUAUCAUUAGGCUUAUCUCCUUUUGGAUUAUAGAUAGGAUCACAUUUAUGAGGGGCAAAAGGAAUAUAUUUUAAACAUUUCUUUACUAUCUCUGUAAAUUCUUAACCACUAAAUAAGCAUACUGACUCUGUAAUAAUAUUAAAGUGUGGAGAGAUAGGUUGUAAUACAUAUAAAAUAGCAUAAAAUUCAUUUUUCUGGGUUGUCAUAAGGAGUAGAUAAAACACUUAGAGCAUUCCAUGGAAGGUAUAUAAAAACUAGCCCUAUUGUCUUUUGUAGCGUCAGUAAAAAUAUUAGGGCCAUCAAUAGGAGUUACACUAAUCACAUGAGGAGGAAUAGUUAUAUCAAGUUGUUGAUAUAAUUGGGCAACCUUUGGUAACUUAACGUUAGAAAGAGAACAAAAAGUAAUAGGGGCGCCAGAAACCUCCUCCCCCUUUUUUACUUUCUAAGAAUAACCUCGCCACUUUGAUACAUUGGUCACUACAGGGAGUUCUUGAACCUGUAUUUCUUUUAAAAACCGGUUUAACUACUUCUAUUGUUUUACUAGCUGCGCCACAUUCCACAACUUCCUAGUUUCUCCCUCUUCUGGGGGUGUGUUCUGCUCGGUCUUUGUUUGCCACUCACUAGGCGGGGCGGCAAUUCGUCUGCCCCUGCAGUUUCCACCGCCUCCGCUUUUUUAGUUUUAAACCGGUCCAAAGAUGGAUUUAAUAGGCUAUAGGUAACCGUUUCAUGCCCGAGGGCUCGGGAUUCCAGGGAGGGAGGCAGCGGCAGCGAUGGGGGCGGAGGUUUCCCUGUACUUUCUGGGGCCAGUUGUUGAGUUCCCCUUACUCACCAUGAGGGUCUCAACUGUUGAGCUUCCCUACUCACCAAGGGGAACUAUAACUGGGUUUCUUACCAUCCUCCAGGUACUUGGGACGUCUCCGAAGUAGCUCCCGCCAGCUGCUCUCCUCCCCACAGAACACUCGACACACCAGAUGUUACUAAGUACUGCAAGCGUUUACUACAUCUUCUCUAAUGGCAUCUACAGCUUCUCACAGUUACAUUCCUUCUUAUAUACCAUCUCAUUACAUCAUUUCAAACCCAGCUUUCUUUGUCUUUACCCCUUCACGGUACAGGCUACUCAAUAACAAAAUCAUUAAUCUUGGGGUAAACAACCUUUCACUACUGCCUUCCUGUUCUCCUCCUCUGCACAUCUUGUUUCCCCUUCUCAUGUUAUUUUCUGCUAUACAGCUCCUUUUGCCACGUAUACCUAGAAUCAUCUAACAAUAAACAUGAAUUAUUAUAACAUGAAUUAAUAAAUAUAAUAAAUAAGAAUUAUAAUAUCAAUUCAAUAAGUAUUAAGAACCCUGUAAAAUGCCGAGGAAAACAAAAAGAAAUAAGACGUGGUUCCCUAAUCUCAUGGAUUGCAUGAACUAGUAAAGGGACUGGGACAUACCCAGAAACACACACACACAUACACGCACAUGCACAUUUACUCAUUCACAUACACACACACUAUCAUGCACUAACUAUAAUAAAAAGUAGAAUGGAAGAGGAACAGAAGAGAUAACUAAGGUGACUUGGGAGUGAUACUUUUGACCAGUCUGGACAGUGUAAGUGCACAGAAUAAAUCUUCUUGUUUUUUUUUUUUUUUUUUUUUUUUUUGUCCUUUCUAAAGUAGCAAUGUGAAGUUUCUAUGUGCUUUAAAGCCA